GCUGCUGUUUUUUCUCCCACGCGAUCCAACCGUUUGUUUACGCCGGGCUAGGUUUCUCGACCGUACGGGGACAGGACAUCAGUGCAACUGUGCAAGCGACCGCCACCGCAUUACCCGGAACUGCCCAGAUCUUCGUCGAAUCGUCGGGCCCUUUGCUGGCGACGAGCAACCACAGCUUGCAAUGGCACAAUAGUGACAUCUUGGGAAACAAUGAAACGUUUUGUCUAUAUCAAUGAUGAUUCGUGCCGGUAUUCCUACUGUGACAACCGGAUAUCCAAUACCAAGUAUACUCUGUGGAAUUUUCUCCCGAAAAAUUUAUGGGAGCAAUUCAGGCGUUUCAUGAAUCAGUAUUUUCUACUAAUAGCCUGCCUUCAGUUGUGGUCCCGUAUCACCCCUGUCAGCCCUGCAACUACAUGGGGUCCACUUAUCAUCAUCUUCAUUGUUUCUGCUUCAAAAGAGGCUUGGGAUGAUUACAAUAGGUAUCUUUCUGACAAGAAAGCAAAUGAGAGGAAAAUAUGGUUGGUAAAGGAUGGCGUCCGCAUACAGGACAAGCCUCGGACAUGCAAGAGCGUUGCGUAUCAUUUCAUUAAAGAAAGAAGAGCGUACACAAGAUGGACUAAGUCCCCAAAACAUACAUCCAAGACCCACACUGACACAUCCCGAUCACAAACAAGAGAAAACAAGAAACAAGUGGCACUAUCUAAAAACAGGUUACCAACUAGGUACCAAAACUAGGAGUAUUAUCCCCCGGCAAACGACCUGACAAGUAGCUCUUGGAACGCCUUUGCUCCAGCGAAGCACCACAAAAUGCAUUCAUCAGUGAUAGAUUGCAGCAUAAUCGUGUCUCUUGGACUUAUACUGUUAAAGACACAAUCAUUCUGAGUCCAGAUUUGUUCCCAAUUGCGAAGCCACAAGACUGAUAAGUCAGUUGAGCCGCUUUCUAGUCUCCGACAUUUCCUUGACUGCCUUGAACAAUCAGCUUGAGAAUUUGGUAGCCAAAGUUGGAGUGAUGGAGUCAAUCUCUGGAAUAUAUUAAACCUUACCCCUCUUAGAAAGGGACAGAAGAUCAACAAGUGUUGAAUUGACUCUUCAGCUUGAUCACAGAGGGGCAGGCAGUGGGAUGAGGAAAUCCAUUCUUAGCUAGGUGAUCAGACAUCCAUCGAAUGUUAAAUGCAAGCAACAUGAAGAACAUGGCGACAUGCAGCAAAGAGGAGCCUAAGUCUUCCAUAUUCUUUUCCACAGAGCAGAACAUGUUGAGCCUAGAAAGAAAGGAUUGUUUGCUGACAUGUCGGAGUAAUUGCCUGACCUACCAAGUCUCCAAUGCUCUGGUCUUCCACACACUCUUGUAGUUAUAGUGGCACAUUAUCCCAGAUGAGAAGAUGACCCCUUCGCAUAGGGACAGUUCAGAUAUGGAUGUUUCUUAAUAGGGUAGUGCCAUCAUGUUUUCAUAAUGGAUAUAUCUGCUAUCUACUUUAGAGAACCAUCAUCUGUUGGUGUAGUAAUGUGGAUUGAAAGAUAGAAGAUUUUUUAAUGCAUGGCUAGUCAAGUGAUAUUUUGCUUUGGAGAAGACCGAAUUACUCCCUCCAAGUUUGGCCAAUGUCUAGAUAACCCCUAAAGUAACAUUUGGUUCAAUUUACUACCUCCAUUUAUUUCAGUUAGUCUAAUUUACCCCUUAAUAGGAUUUGUUAUUUUUGUUUCUCCACAUAUAAGUUUGAGUUUUAAUAUAAAAUUUUAUGAUGUGAUAGAGACCUCGUAAAUUAUGUUAGAAAAAUAUAUCUUUUUUGCAACCAUUUUGAUAUCUUAGAAAAUUUAAUAAUAAUCGAACAGUAGAGAUACAGUACCGUACAAACUAUAUCUGUAUUUUCUAAUGAUGCAUAUGGAAUUACUUGAUUUAUUAUUGGAAUAUUUCAUUGUGCUUUUGUUCCGUAGAUCAAAGCACAGGAGGUACAUGUUGGAGAUUUAGUGUGGCUCCAUGAGAAUGAUGAGAUACCAUGUGAUCUUGUUCUCAUUGGCACUUCUGAUCGACAAGGCAUUUGUUAUGUUGAGACUGCUGCUUUGGAUGGUGAAACUGACUUGAAAACAAGAACCAUUCCUCCAAUUUCUGCUAACUUGUCAGUAGAGCAGCUAGGAAAAGUCAAGGGUGUAAUUGAGUGCCCCAACCCAGACAAUGACAUACGGAGGUUUGAUGCUAACAUGCGCUUGUUCCUCCCUAUAAUUGACAAUGAAAAAAGUCCUUUGACUAUCAACAAUACACUUCUUCAGUCAUGUUACCUUCGAUACACUGAAUGGGCUUGUGGAGUUGCAGUUUACACAGGCAAUGAAACAAAAUCUGGAAUAAGUAGGGGAGCUGCGGAGCCCAAGUUCACUGCUGCUGAUGUAAUAAUAGACAAGCUCACUAUUGCAAUAUUCAUGUUCCAAGUUGUUGUUGUACUUGUUCUGGGUUAUUUUGGGAAUACUUGGAAGGACACUCAGGGGCUUAAGCAAUGGUAUCUUAUGUAUCCUAUGGAGGUAGAGGGCCCAUGGUAUGAUUUCUUGAUUAUCCCGUUACGCUUUGAGCUGUUGUGCUCCAUAAUGAUUCCAAUCUCCAUAAAGGUUACUCUUGAUUUGGCUAAAGGUUUGUAUGCAAAGUUUAUUGACUGGGAUGAGCAAAUGUUUGAUUGGGAAACAAAUACACCUGCUCAUUCAGCUAACACAGCUAUUAGCGAGGACCUCGGACAGAUUGAAUAUAUUUUGAGUGACAAAACUGGGACACUCACAGAGAAUAAAAUGAUCUUCAAACAAUGCUGCAUAAGUGAUACUUUGUAUGGAAAUGACAACGGAGAUGCAUUAAACGAUGUCAGACUUGUAAAUGCGGUCUCAAGUAAUGAUCCUGAUGUCAUCAAAUUUCUGUUGGUUAUGGCUCUUUGCAAUACAGUGGUCCCUAUCAAAAGCAAUGAUGGUACUGUGUCAUACAAAGCACAAUCCCAAGAUGAGGAAGCUUUAGUUAACGCUGCAGCAAAGCUGAAUAUGAUGCUCAUCAGUAAAGACACCAUUACAGCUGAGAUUUGUUUCAAUGGGUCUAAGUUUUGGUAUGAGUUGUUGGACAUUUUGGAAUUCACUUCUGAUCGCAAAAGAAUGUCUGUAGUGGUAAAGGAAGGGGAGACUGGUAAGAUCCUUCUUUUAUCAAAAGGUGCUGAUGAAGCUCUCCUGCCUCGUGCCUGUCCAGGACAACAAAUACAGAGAUAUCUUGAAGCAGUAGAAAUGUAUUCUCAGUUGGGAUUGCGAACCUUAUGUUUGGGGUGGCGUGAUUUAAAAGAAAAUGAAUAUAAGGAAUGGUCCAAAAACUUUCAAAAGGCUAGCUGCUCAUUGGACAAUAGAGAGUUUAAAAUUGCUGAAGUUUGUAAUAGCUUAGAGCAAGACCUUCAAAUUCUUGGUGUUACUGCUAUAGAGGAUCGUCUUCAGGAUGGUGUUCCUGAAACCAUUAAAUUGUUGAGGAAUGCUGGAAUUAAUGUGUGGAUGCUAACCGGUGAUAAGCAAAAUACAGCAAUUCAGAUUGGACUUCUCUGUAACCUCAUAACUUCUGGGCCCAAUAGUCAAUUGUUAUCUAUCAGUGGGAAAACUGAAGAGGACGUGCUAAGAAGCCUAGAGAGGGCAUUAUUUAUUAUGAAAAAUACAUCUGAAACAAAGGGUCUUGCAUUUGUUUUGGAUGGUUGGGCACUUGAAUUAAUUUUGAAGCAUUCCAAGGAGUCUUUUACUAGGUUGGCGAUGCUGUCAAAAACAGCAAUAUGCUGUCGAAUGACACCUUUGCAGAAAGCACAGCUUGUUGCUAUCCUAAAAUCCGUUGGCUACCUAACUCUAGCAAUUGGUGAUGGUGGUAAUGAUGUUAGAAUGAUUCAAGAGGCUAACAUUGGAGUAGGGAUUAGUGGUAGGGAAGGACUGCAAGCUGCAAGAGCUGCUGAUUAUAGCAUUGGGAAGUUCAAGUUUCUUAAGAGAUUGAUACUUAUUCAUGGGCGUUAUUCAUACAAUCGAACAGCAUUUAUUUCACAGUACUCCUUCUACAAGUCACUUCUUAUGUGCUUUAUUCAGAUUCUGUUUGCCUUUUUGUCGGGGCUAUCUGGGACUAGCUUAUUCAACUCAAUUAGCUUGAUGGCUUAUAACGUUUUCUAUACAAGUUUACCCGUCAUGACUAUAAUCUUUGACAAGGAUAUCUCUGAAACAACGGUUAUGCAGUACCCCCAGAUUUUACUGCAUUCUCAAGCUGGGAGGCUUUUAAAUCUCACUACAUUUUGCGGAUGGUUUGGGCGCUCGCUAUAUCACGCACUCGUCGUUUUCUUCAUUACGAUAUGCGCCUACUCAGAUGAGAAAAGUGAGAUGCAGGAACUGUCAAUGGUAGCACUGUCCGGUUGCAUUUGGUUACAGGCUUUUGUUGUGACAAUGGAUACAAACUCAUUCACUUGCCCGCAAAUCCUUCUCAUCUGGGGAAACUUUGUGGCCUUCUACAUGAUCAACUUAAUACUCAGUACCGUCCCAAGUCUCCAACUGUACACAAUCACGUUCCGCCUGUGUAGCCAACCUUCCUACUGGAUCUCCAUGGCUCUGACGGUUGCAGUAGGAAUGGGACCGGUGGUGGCUUUCAGGUACUUGAAGAACCUGUAUCAGCCUAGCGCCGUUAACAUACUCCAGCAGGUCGAGCAGCGCAAUGGAUCUAUCAGAACUUCUGGGAAUCUGGAGUCGGCGGGAGCCAAUCUCACUAAUCUACUGACUGGCUCACGUAAAAACAGGGAUUCUAAUUAUCGCCCUCUGCUUUCAGAGUCUGCGGAGUCUGUAAGUGCAAGCGGCAGCUAAGAAUUGUCUAGGCUUUCCGUACUAGCAUGACAGUCAUACACUCAUACAGACGGCAGAACAGUGAACUGUAACAGAAUCAUGCUUGUACUAAAAAAUAUUUCGUCGGGGUCAAAGCCAAUAAUUGUUUUGUUGGCCUAAAUUUGAUCAUUUUUCUCA